AGAUCUGACCAGUUGCCUAUGCCUUCACACUCCCUCGCUCUCUCUGUUUCUCUCUCUAAGCUUUCCGUCACUCUCUCUCUCUCAUCACUUUCUCUCCGAUUCCCUUGGCUUUUCAGACAAUGCCCAUCAACACUAAGGACCCAGUGCCGCCGCCGGUGAUCGGCAAAAUCGGCCCUUACACGGUCUUCAUGACCCCACCCUCCACCCCCAAGCCCCCAGAAGGGCCACCAGAACCGUCCCUCGAUUCCCCGAGUAGCCCUGUCCAGCCCCCAGUCCAGGCUCCCCCGCCGCCGGUCCAGCCGCCGCCCCAGCAGUUCCAGAAGCCGGUCCCUGCUCACCCCCUCCACGACGGCUCCCUCUCGGGGUACUUCAAGAGCGCCGUCACGAAAGUGCAGAAUGCUCAUUCAAGCUUGGAUGACCAUUUGGCGCGUUGGUUUGGGCUUAACCAGUCAAAGUACCAGUGGGCAUUAGAUGAUUAUUACAACAACAAGGUGUUGGAAAAGGAAGGUGGCAAACCUAAAGAAGUAUCUGCUGCCAAGCUUCAGAAUGUAUGACAUGCUCCUGCAGAAUCUAUAUCAAGCGCAGGUUCAACUCUUUGGGGUUCUGUUAUGGCCGAUUGGAAAUGACAUUUUAUCCCGGAAAUGACUCAAGCUCCAGAUACAACUAUAAGCCGCUCUCUCUUCCAGAUAUUUCUGUCAAUAUAUGCAGAUCUCUUUCCCUUCUCCUAAUUUUGGUUAAUAUGGUCAAUUCUUGUAAUUCUGUUGCUCUGAAUGAAUUAUCAUGAGCAGAAUGAAGCUCGCUGAUGAGAGAAUCUGUUGGUCUUGUAAAAGAUUCCGCCCCUUCUAAUUAAUGUUAGUAUUGCAAUUCCUUUGUACACCUUGGCAA